AUGCCAAUCCUCCCGAACGCGCUCUCUCUCUCGACGCUCGCUCUUCUCCACCGCCGCCGCCUCCCUUCAUCCCCCCCGCCGCCUCUCUCCAGCCCGGCCGCGGCCUCCCCUGGGGCAGAUCCGCCACCGGCGGUGCCGGAUCUGGCGACACGCGAGCGCCCGGCCCAUCCGCAAAAAGACCCCACUCCACCGGCCAAUCACCCGCCGGCGGGGCUGGACGUCCCCAACCUGAAGAAGCGCGGCGGCGGCACGCGUAGCUGGAUCCGCGUCGAGGCCGCCACGGCCUCCGUGCAGACGCUGGAGAUCGACAAGGCCACCAUGAUGCGGCACUACAAGCUCCCGGCCCAGGACCUCCGCCUGCUCGACCCGGUCUUCGUGUACCCAUCCACGGUCCUAGGCCGCGAGCGCGCCAUCGUCGUCAACCUCGAGCAGAUCCGCUGCGUCAUCACCGCAGACGAGGUGCUCCUGCUCAACUCCCUCGAUAGCUACGUCCUCCAGUACGCCGCCGAGCUCCAGCGCCGCCUCCUCGAGCAUGCUGAGGGCGACGAGCUGCCCUUCGAAUUCCGCGCCCUCGAGGCCGCAUGCUCCUUCCUCGAUGCGCAGGUGAUCAUCAAAACAUUGGGACAGUAA